AUGAUUGAAGCUAUUGGACAAUUUGGUCCCGGGUUGAAACCACCAUCUAUGUAUGAGUUAAGAGUGCCGAUACUGAAUAACGAAGUAAAAGAUGUUCAAAAACAGCUUUUGGAGCAUGAAGAAGAAUGGGCUGAAAAAGGCUGCUCUAUAUUAUCCGAUGGAUGGUGCGAUUAUGUGGUGCAAAAAGACAUCAUCAACUUCAUGGUGAACUCCCCAAAGGGUUCGGUAUUCAAGAGGUCACUUGAUGUUUCCGAUGUUUCAAAAGAUGCAGAUUUGUUGUUCCGUGUUCUUGAUAAAAUGGUGGAGGAAAUUGGUGAAAAGAAUGUGGUGCAAGUGGUGACCGAUAAUGCAUCAGCUUAUGUGAAGGCGGGCUUUGUAGGGAAGUUGUUGGAAGCUAAAAGACCAAAUGUAUAUUGGACACCAUGUGCCGCACAUUGCCUAGAUUUGAUGUUGGAAGAUAUUGGCAAACAAGUUCCAAAGGUGAAAAGUGCAUUAAAGAAGUCGAUUUUUGCAAUUGGGUAUAUAUAG